AGAGAGAACAACGUUUUCAGUUAUAACUAAUAAGCAUCCAAACUUCUUCCUAAUCGGUUUCCAUUUUCACUCAUUACAAAAAAGAAUCCCAAAGCACAAAGAGGAAAGUAGAACUGCUCAACCUCUUCCCUCAACCCGCCGUUUGAUCUGCUCACUGUAAAUUUGGCUUCGAGAUCGCCGAAACUCUGUAAUCUCCGCCUUGCAGGAGUGGCUCAAGGACGUUCAGCUACUUUAUUGAGGAUAAUUAGGAAUAAAUUCACUGCUUGAAGUUAUGUCAAGAAUAGGUUUGGAGAACUUUCAGGACGCUUAGAAUUAUCUAAAAUGAGCUGGAACUCAAACAUCGAGGUUCAUUGCAUGAAUAACGGUUAUCCAUAUAGUACUGCUUCUUUUAUGGAAUACUUUGAAGGUCUUACGUAUGAUCAUGUGAAUUUCAUUUUUUCCGGUGCCUCACAUUCUCAGGAUACUGUUUGUCCAUCAACUAACUCAAGUUACUACAAGUUUGGGAAUUCUGAUUUAUGGAGCACAUCAUACUUUGAUGCUCAAUUGUUUGAGGUUCAAGAUCAUGAAUCCGCUAUUUAUGAACACAGGAGGCCGCUCUCGACAGUCCAGAAUGAACAGAGUUUAGGAAAUAGCGUGUGGGAAGAAAAUGCCAAUCCUAAUAUGUCUGGUAACAGCAUGGAAUGUCCUCGGAGGCAUUCAAAUUAUCAUGAGUAUCAGACUAUUUGGCAAGAUAUUGUUGAUCCUGAUAACAUGACUUAUGAGGAAUUGGUAGAUUUAGGCGAGACAGUAGGAACUCAAAGUAGAGGCCUUACACAAGAACUAAUUGCAUUGCUUCCAGUAUCGAGUUAUAGAUGGGGAUUUUUCUCAAGGAAGAAAUCACGAAAUGAAAGGUGUGUGAUAUGCCAAAUGGAAUACAAACGUGGGGAUAAAAUAAUUACUCUACCAUGCAAACACAGGUACCAUACCAGUUGCGGGACCAAGUGGCUUAGUAUCAAGAAGGCAUGUCCCAUUUGCUACACUGAGGUAUUUGGUGACACUUCAAAACGAUAAAAAAAAAAAAAAAAAGGCUUUGAUUGUCAUGAGAAAGGGAACCCUUAAAAAGGUUUGGAGUCUUCCAUCUCGAAAAUAUACUUUUAUUUCGUUUCCUUUCUCAUUUUCUACUUUAUACAAUCGUCGUUUGAUGUUAAAGAAUAGGAAAAGUUCUUGAUUUCAAUACAGAGGAUGAUAAAGCAAUUAGUAGAAUUUGAUUGAUUAUUCCAAAA